AUGACAGACACAGUUACAUAAUCUAUUACAAGAAGAGAAAAAACAUGGGCAGAAUUAGCUGAAGAGGAAGAUGAGUAUUUGGAAGAAUUAUAAAAUUAAGUUUAAUUUUUAAAUUAUACUAAGAAUAAAAAUGAAUAAAGUCAAUUAGCGGGAAAAUAAUUAACUAACUUUCAGAAAAGAAUGAUCGAAAGAAUACAAAAAUAUGAUAAACCUAUUGAAGUAGGUCUAUAUUAAGUUCCAGAGGAUAUAAGUAAAGAAGACAUUUAUAUCGCUUUUAAACAAUACCAUAUUAGAGAUUGCUAUUUCAGAAGAUUAAACUGUUUCUUUUAUUUACCAAAAGAAUAAUCCAUUAAAUUAGUAGAAGAGAGCAAUCUAAGAAUAACUAUAAAAGGUGUGAAUCUUUUGAUAGUGAUGCUACCAUUAAAAAAUUGA